UCAGAAAUAAUAAUAAAAUAGAGAGAGAGAGAGAGAGAGUGAUUUAGAGGCAUUAGUAAGGCAUAAUCACAUAAUUAGUUCUCCUUUGCGGAGAGGAUCCAACGAUUUUUUGUGGAGAGAGAAAGUGCGACAUGUAGAGAGAGAAACAGAAAGGGAAGGUUUGAUUUUUCGCUUUGGAAUUUCCUCCGUGAUUGAUUCGUCUUUGUCCCGAUUCUCAGCUGCUCGACGGCCUUCGAAGUUCGUCCAUUGGUGGAGAAAGUUGGCAGAUGCUGCUGGCCUGGUUGAAUCUUCCAAGGCUCAAUUUUGAAUCUUUCGCGGGUGAUUUUGGUUUCGAGCUCCCGGAGUUUGAUUCUCGUUGACGGGUAAGGGUUUUGCGAUUGUUUGGGAGCUGGAAUUGGAGGUGAGAGGGGUUGGAUUUUUUUUUUUUGUGAUGGGAGCUGAAAUGUUGAUCCGAAAUGCGGAUUAGGAGGAAUUCCGGCUCGGAUCUUGAAAUUUGGGCUCAACAGAGGCAACGGUGCGAUGGACAUGGACUCGCCGAUGGUUUCGGAGGCCGAUCACGAUCAUGCGGAGCAGAAUGGGGCUGACGCCGCUGCUCCGGCUCUGGAGACGGUUAUGGAGGGAGAGCAGCUCGGGGAGAAAUCGCCAUCGCCACCGCCUCAGGCUGCUCAGCAGAGCCCAGUGGUCGGUCCUAGACAUGCGCCGACUUACUCUCUGGUGAACGCAACGAUAGAGAGGAAGGAGGACUGCCCUGGACCGAGGUGCGGGCACACAUUGACGGCCGUGGGUGCUGUGGGAGAGGAGGGCAGCCCUGGAUACAUUGGGCCGAGGUUGAUAUUGUUCGGUGGUGCCACUGCCCUCGAGGGCAAUCCAUUUGCUGCUGGGCCUCCUUCUUCAGCUGGAAGUGCCGGAAUUCGACUUGCACAUCCCACAGCUGAUGUGCACUCUUAUGAUGUCUUGACAAAUAAAUGGACGAAGGUCGUACCUCUUGGUGAACCACCAACUCCAAGAGCAGCACAUGUGGCCACAGCUGUGGGAACAAUGGUCGUUAUUCAGGGUGGAAUUUGUCCUGUUGGCUUGGCAGCUGAAGAUCUUCACGUUCUUGACCUUAGCCACCAACGACCACGAUGGCAUAAGUUGUACUUCAGAUCACUAAUAGUUGCUGUUCAUGGCCCUGGUCCAGGUCCAAGAUAUGGGCAUGCUAUGGCUCUGGUUGGUCAAAGGUAUCUGAUGGCAAUUGGUGGAAAUGACGGGAAACGGCCACUGGAUGAUGUGUGGGCACUGGACACAGCUGCCAAGCCCUAUGAAUGGCAUAAGUUGGAGCCAGAAGGGGAAGGGCCACCGCCAUGCAUGUAUGCAACUGCAAGUGCACGCUCUGAUGGUCUUCUCCUACUUUGUGGAGGCCGGGAUGCUAGUGGUGUGCCACUUUCCAGUGCAUAUGGGCUUGCAAGACAUAGAGAUGGACGGUGGGAAUGGGCAAUAGCUCCAGGCAUCUCACCAUCUCCAAGAUAUCAACAUGCAGCAGUAUUUGUCAAUGCACGACUUCAUGUAUCUGGAGGGGCGCUUGGUGGUGGACGCAUGGUAGAAGACUCAUCAAGUGUUGCAGUGUUGGAUACUGCUGCUGGUGUAUGGUGUGAUACAAAGUCUGUCAUCACCAGUCCCAAAACUGCAAGGUCUAGUGCUGGUGCAGCUGUUGCUGAUGCUACAGUUGAGUUGACAAGGCGUUUCAGGCAUGCUGCUGCCGCCAUUGGUGAUUUAAUAUUUAUAUAUGGUGGACUACGUGGUGGAGCACUGCUCGAUGAUUUACUUGUUGCUGAAGAUCCAACUGGUCCAGAAACAACAGCAGCCUCUUCGGACAGUUAUGCAAAUGUUGAUGAAACAAGGAGGAGGCUUGGGGAUGGUGCAGUUUUGCUCGGAAACCCAGUUGCUCCCUCUGUAAAUGGCGACAUGCAUACGGAGGUGAGCUCUGAAAAUGGCAUUCCUCAUGGAUCCCGAAGAAUGAGCAAGGAUGUUGAUGUUUUAGUUAAAGCAUCAGCAGAAGAAGCUGAGGCUAUUACCGCUACUAUGAAUGCUGCUAAAGCACGGCAAGUUAAUGGAGGAGUUGACUCACCAGAUAGGGAUCGUGGGGCCGAGGCUACUCCUAGUGGGACUAUGACUGGGCCAGAUUCUGCUUCAAGUGAACUGAGUGCUGGAGUCCGACUGCAUCACAGAGCUGUGGUUAUAGCUGCAGAGUCCAGCGGAGCUUUGGGUGGUAUGGUGCGACAACUUUCCAUAGAUCAUUUUGAAAAUGAAGGCAGGCGAGUGAGCUAUGGUACCCCGGAAAAUGCCUUUGCUGCUAGGAAGUUGCUUGAUCGGCAGAUGUCCAUUAACAGUGUGCCCAAAACGAUCAUCGCACAUCUUUUGAAGCCACGUGGAUGGAAACCUCCUGUCCGUCGGCAAUUCUUCUUAGACUGCAAUGACAUAGCAGACCUUUGUGAUAGUGCUGAGAGAAUAUUUUCAAAUGAACCAACUGUUCUGCAACUGAAGGCUCCUAUGAAGAUAUUCGGUGAUCUGCAUGGCCAAUUUGGAGAUCUUAUGCGCCUGUUUGAUGAAUAUGGUGCUCCUUCCACAGCUGGGGACAUUGCAUACAUUGAUUAUCUCUUCUUAGGAGAUUAUGUUGAUCGAGGUCAACACAGUCUAGAGACUAUCACUCUUCUGCUUGCACUGAAGGUUGAGUAUCCUCGAAAUGUGCAUCUAAUCCGCGGCAACCACGAAGCUGCAGAUAUAAAUGCCCUGUUUGGCUUCCGAAUCGAAUGCAUUGAGCGCAUGGGUGAAAGAGAUGGAAUUUGGACAUGGCACCGAAUAAAUCGUUUGUUUAAUUGGCUUCCUCUAGCAGCUCUGAUCGAAAAGAAAAUCAUCUGUAUGCAUGGUGGUAUUGGCCGUUCGAUAAACCAUGUUGAACAGAUUCAGAGUCUUCAGCGUCCAAUUACCAUGGAAGCAGGCUCAAUUGUUCUUAUGGAUUUGCUAUGGUCUGAUCCAACAGAGAACGAUAGUGUGGAAGGACUCAGGCCAAAUGCUAGAGGUCCCGGGUUGGUUACUUUUGGGCCCGACCGUGUGAUGGAAUUCUGUAGAAACAAUGAUCUCCAGCUAAUUGUACGUGCUCAUGAAUGUGUAAUGGAUGGGUUCGAGAGGUUUGCCCAAGGACAUUUAAUUACCCUGUUUUCCGCUACCAAUUACUGUGGAACUGCAAGUAAUGCAGGGGCAAUCUUAGUUUUGGGAAGAGAUCUGGUUGUGGUUCCGAAACUCAUUCAUCCUUUACCCCCAGCUAUUCCGUCUGGGGAGGCACCAUCUGAGCACAUAGAAGAUACGUGGAUGCAGGAGCUUAAUGCUAAUCGACCUCCCACACCGACUAGAGGGCGCCCACAGAUAACGAAUGAUCGAGCUGGAUUUCUGGUACUCUCUGACGAGCAAGAUCAGCACCUCGAGAAAUCCGAACACAAAUGAUUAUACUGUGGGGGAGGUCUUUCCAUGAACUGCAGAUUCAAUUCCUAUCAGGCAGAAGAUGAGUGUUGAGAGUCAGGAGGUGAUGGCUGCUGGAUGGACGGACCAUCACCCUUUGACAUAUCCGAGGUCCUGUCAUUGAGAUCCAGCCUUGUAAAUUUUUGCCAUUCGGAGGUUUGCUGCGAUGGAUUUGUUUAGUCUACAUCUCUAGAUUCAUGUAAUGGGUAAUUUAUUUCCUCGUUUAGGGCUUAAUUAAUUUUGGCCAUUGGAAGAGCUAAAAAUGCGGGAUCAGCGAAAUUAUGUAUGGUCUAAUCGCUUCGGGGUUUCACCAAUGUAUCAUAUAGGCCUUUUGUUUUGUAAAAAUAUAAGUGUGAAGAAAAGGUAAGGUAGUUUCCCUUUUGGAAAAAAAAAAUCACUGAUUUCUCUGGUGCAAUGUAAAAUUGUGAAUAUUUCUUUCCACUCAAAAAGAAAAAAGGAACUUUGUGAAGACAUGAG